GUCUGAAGCAUCACGCUUGGUUGAGGGGGCGUUGCUGCCUGAAGAUCAGGUGGUGCGUCUGCUGUCAGUUCGCCUGGGAGGUAUAGUGUAUGUGUGCGGGGAAUAAUUUAAACAUUUAUUCCUGACUGAGGCACUCGGGUUUCUGUUUCGCCGAUCCCAGGACUUCAGCAACACAGGGAGAGGAACGCAAGGAGACAAAAAACAUGCCCAAGGAGAAGAAAUCCACAGAUGCUUUCGAUGAUGGCAUUGUACUGCUGAAGGAUAUAUCUGUAUGGAGGGAGGAUGCAAAAAAGAUAUACCUGAAAGAAAAACUCGAAGAUAAAGACCAGGAUGAACAUCCUCCAUUAAAGGAAAGAACCGGUGAAGAAGGUGAAGAGGCGCCAGUCCUAAAAACUCACAAGCUGAACGAGAAUGUUUCACUGUACCGAGGUGAUAUUACAAAGCUCAAAAUUGACGCAGUUGUGAAUGCAGCGAACAAAAGUCUACUUGGAGGAGGUGGAGUCGAUGGCUGCAUCCACAGAGCCGCGGGGCCGAAGUUGUUGCUGGCGUGUCGCCAACUAAAUGGGUGUAACACUGGAGAUGCCAAGAUUACACCAGGCUACGACCUUCCCGCAAAAUACGUCAUCCACACCGUGGGACCGAUAGCAAGAGGGAGCUGUGAUGAGCGGCUUAAACGGCAGCUGAGAAACUGCUAUGAGGCUUCCCUAAAACUGUUUGAGGCUCAAGGGCUGAAAUCUAUCGCAUUUCCUUGUAUAUCCACUGGCAUCUAUGGCUUCCCUCAAGAUGAUGCAGCUGAGAUCGCGGUGUCGACUGUGAAAGAAUGGCUCGCUGAUAAACAAGCUUUGGUUGAUCGGGUUAUCUUCUGUGUUUUCUUGGAAAGUGACCAUAAGAUCUACAAGGAGAAGAUGCUUCACCAUUUUCCAAUAGAUGAAGAAGAUAUGCAUGAAAACUCCCCCUCGUCAAAGAAGUAUAGAAGUAACGAAUUGUUGGAGAAGAGUGAUGAUAAGAUUGAAGUCUCCUCAGAAGAAGGCCCUGAAGGUCAAGCAGAAAGCUCACCGAUAAAGAAAGAAGAUGAAAAAAGUGCUGAUUCACCUUCAUUGCCCCUCGGAAGCCAAGAUGAUGACUCUAAACCGAGUGACGUGUACAUGGAUAGCCAAAUCGAAGAUAAACAUGAAGAUAGUGAAAUGCCGAACCAACUUUGUAGCCAAACAGAAGGAAUGGAAACAGGCUCCUCGCAAGAUCAGUCAGAGGGUACGCAGAAAAUGAGCGACAAUGAAGAAAAUUCUCCGACACAAGGGGAAGAUAAGGAGAGUAAUGAACACAUACCCUAUAUUGAUGAAUUUGAAGACGAGAGUGGACAAUGAAGACACGACUUGACAGAUAACAAGACCGGUCGUUGUCAGUGAAAACAGAAUGUCACUCUUUUAGACCUCCAGAAAGUGGAUGGUACAAUUUUGCGCUUGAGUUUUGAUCGCCACCUUGUUCAGUUUUGUGUGUCCAAAUUCUGGGUUGUAUUACGUUUUGUAAUUGUAAUUUUUGAGGGAAAUACUUUGGCCUAAUAUUGUGCUUCUAAAUGAUACUUUUACUGCCUGCACCUGGUGUUCGAUUGAUCAGUAGAAAUUGGAUCCGAUAUCAUAUCAGCUUCACAACAGAAGAAUGCCUAACUGUGUUCAUCCCCAUUAAUGCCAGGUAUGUCACACUCCUGAUCCCGGAGUAAAUUUCUACUUAAACCUUGAGCGUGAAGCUGCCGUAAGAAUACAAUACUGAUAGAUCUUGGCCCCAUUCAGUCAGUCUUACCUGUCCUAUUGCUGUUCAGAUGUCUACACAAGGUCAAUGGCCAGUUGCUUCUUUUUUGGGAGAUGGUGCAUGAAUUAAAAAGUUGUUUCACUUCCUUUCUUUUUCCUCGCCUGGCAAUCCUUUGAUACCGCAGUAAAAUUAGUCCCUAGUGUAAAGAUGAAGCAAGAAUGAAAAUUGAGUUGUGGGAUUGGACAGUGAGGUUAAAGGGGGCUCGUCAAAUCUGAGAGGAACACAGAAUUGGCAAAUAAAGGACAUACCAGUUGAUGGGAUAGAUGCUAAGUCUGAUCUCUUUCUGUUUCACUUCUCUUUUAGCAAUCCUUUAGCUUUUUGUUCCUUGUUAACUCCCUCCUGGCACUGAAAUUGACAGGGUUUGUUGGCUUUGACACCUCCUCAUAUGCUGAUGUCAAUCUCUCUCUAUUUUGUAUUUUUCUUUUUUUCUUAAUAUCUUUACAAUACAUGGGCAUCUCUGUUGUGGCCAGCAUUGAAUCGAAUUGCCUUCCUAAACCUCUCUGCCCCUCAUCUCCACUCUUUUGAGGCCCUGUUGAAGCCUGCUACUUUGAUCAGUUAUGCCUCCUUAGGUUUCAGAAAUUGAGUGAUUGCUGUUCCUGUGAAACGCCUUGGGAUGUUUUACUGCUUUGUAAGGUUAAAGUCAUCAUUGUCCCAGAGGACCAACAGGGCUAUUCUCCUAGUUCACCAUACUGUCCUGAUAAUUCCAUUGGAGAUAGGGCAGUGUUCUCUCCACAUUAUCACCAACAGCUUUGCUUCAGAUGCACUGCACUGAGAAAGUAAACCUGCUCCCAAAAUACUUCCAAGAUUUUCUUUUCCUUGAAGUAGCUUUUGCUUUCUCAGAACCCAGAGAGUUUGAACUGCAAAGUCAAAAGUGGUGAUGGUUGUGAGAGAGAUGAAUUCCAUUUGCUAAAAGAGAAUCUGAAAUCCCAAUCAUGGCUACUCAUCGUUCUGAUUAAUUGAUCAUAAAUUUUUGGUUGACUUCACAAAUCACAGUGCAACUAAGACCAUGGCUCUCUGUUUGCUAACAGUGAUUGGCUUGCAAUUGAGAAGUUGUUUGCAAGUCCUUAACGCAUAUCUGAAAACUCCAAAGCUGCAGGAUAAUGUUUAUGAUAAGCUUGAAAUAAUUCAAUAUUUAUUCAGAGCCAUUCCCUGCUAUCAACUGGGAACUCAUGCUUAAGUGACUAAGAUAUUGACCAGUAGCUGUAGGGAGUCAGAUUUCCUUUACCAAGGCCCUCACUGUCAUAUAUCAGUGUUCAUUUGACAGGAUGAGUGUUAGUUAAUAUUCCACCCAGCCUUCUCUCACUCACUGUCAAUACGGAGUUGCUCAUUCAGGCUGGAGAGGUGAAAUAUGGAUCCAUGAAUUUCUCUUGUCCCUCCCAUUAUGGUCUCCAAGGAGAGAACUUUAAUCUUCUUCUGCAGCUGUCACUUUGACAUAUUCUAGUAUCUCUCACGUUAGAGGUCUGAAACAUUACACAAAAAAAUCUGCUACCCUAACCCCCAACAUUUUGCAUAUUGGUCCUACAGAAUUGCACUUCAAAAAGACCCUUGAGAUUUCACAUUUGAAAGACAUACAUGUCGUUGUUCUUGGCCCAUAUUUAUUUACUUAAAAACACUGUACCACUCAUAUGCAGGAGAUUGUUAUUUAGUGAUAUCAGUAAGUGAAGCAAGUAAUUACUAGAAUCAACUUUAUUUCCUGUUGGAAUAGAUCGAUAGUAAAGUUUUGUGAUGUACAGUACAUUAUCAUAUUACCUCCCUGGAAAAUUACAGCUGACAUAAUGGAGGCUAUCAAAAUGAAUGAAACUCAAUAGAGUUAAAGUGUAACAGUGAUCGUUCUCAGUAUGAAGCCCUGACGCAGCAAAGCUCAGCUUCAAAUAACUGUCAUUAAAUCAGAAAAAUGGUAUGCUUGCUGUACAGGUAGAGGCCAUCCUGCCCAUCAACUCCAUGCUAGCUCUCUGCAAGGACAACUCGCUCAUCACACUCUUCCUUCCUUUCCCUGGAACUCUGCAAACGCUCCAUCUCCUGGCAGCUGCUCAGCACCCUUUUGAAAGUCACCUUCCCGGGCACUGCGUGUGGAAUUCCGCUGGAAGCUGGAGCACUUGGCUCCCUGCUCCAAGAUGGUGUUCCCCAGAUAGUAGCAGAUGCUCACUGGCCUGGACCUCCCAGGAGCCAUGGUUCUGAAUUUGCUGUUACCGAAAAGAGAAGGACAAGGUAAUUUCUAAACAACGAAUGAACAUGGUCCAUCUACAGUCUAACACGUACCAUCCUGGGGAUCAUACAAUACAAAAUAGUUGAGAUGUUGACAGUGACCUAUCUCUGUCAAUGAGUCUACAACCGACUCAGACGUGAGGUGAGGACCCCACUCCACUCCUACCAAGUGUUGGAGACCACUGGGACUCAUAGACCCAGAAUCACGUUACUCUCAACCUUGCUUCACUCACCAUGCCUUAAAUUUUUGGAUCCCAACGUGUUCUUUUCUGAAGAAGUCCACCACAUUUGCAUCCAAAUACCUUGAUACUCACGGUUUCUAUUACCUCUCAUGGGAACCCGUUCUGUAUAUUGAUCACUGACCUACUGAGAGAUUGCAUUGUACAUGAAUAUGUGAAUAUACCAUCCAAUGAUGUUGACCCCUAACCCUUAGGCUGUAUACUUGUCUUCUCUUGUUCCAGACAGAGUGUAAGUAGCUCUCUAGCCUUCAAAUGCUAAAAACAGCAGUCAUAUCACCAAAGCAUAAUGGGCUGAAUGGCCUCCUUCCAUGAUGUUUACUUCCAUAUUAUCUCUUAGUUGUUCUCUUGCUCACUAUCAACAUGUACAAAUGAGAAUAAGCUCCUGAUCAGGUCCCCCGUUCUGCACCAGCCUUUCAUCCAGCAGCUGUACCUGUAUUCCAAGUGGUCAUCUCAGAAACACUCAGUUUUAAAACUGAAUUUCAACACUUUUUAGAAAUAAAAUAUCUUUAUCGGCAGUUCGUUUAUUUUAUUUUCUCAAAUUGACUUGGGCAUUUCUUUUAAAAUAGGAAGAGGUCCACCCAAUUGGCAAGGAGAUCAUUGAGGGAAUUAAGUACAGCUUGUUGUAUAGUGGUUAGUUCCUCUGUAGUAAUUGGCACCUCACUUGUUAUAGGACAGGCUAAUCUUGGCAGCUAUUGUUGGGCUCUUUAGAAGAGGUGGUCCUCUUGCAUUUAACUUUUUCUCAAGGAUACGCUCUCUGGGAGAAGGUUCAGAGACUCGCAGGAUGAUGGAGUGCACAGGGAGGCCACUCAGCCCCUUGUGUCCUGUGCCAGCUCCCUAUUAAAGCUAACUCUCUGAACAGGCUGUAACCCUCGACUCAGAUUGACAGUCACAUUUGGCAGAAUUCAACCCUGUUGUCUCUGAGAUUGGCAUUUCAUGGCGACGAGCACUGGGGUGAGAGGGAUGGUCGAAGUCACAGGAAGGGGAGCUUGAGGUUUGUCUUGACUUCAUGUUGGCAAUGUAAAAAGGAUAUUAACAGACGAGCAGCCCACUUGACAUCCCGCCUGACAAGUGUAAAAUAAUACCAAAAGGGCUAUCAGACAUGCUGCACCAUCACUGAAAGUCUAUCCCAUUCUAACGUCAUGUGAUCUGAUAUGAAACCCUGAUCCAAAUCUACUGUUCAAACCUCCAAAUUUGUCCAAUUUAAACCAAAAAUGUUCCAAGCACACACUGUGCCAGUUUUAUGAAUUCUGUAAAGCUGCCUCCUGCAGUGCAUGCUUGCUUUGCUUUAGACUAUGUUUAGAUAGAUGUUUUACUUUCCACAGACUUUUCAGGAGUCGAGUUUUUGUUUCCUUGGAUGCUUUAAGAUUUGCCUUACCUCAUGGUACGUAAUAGUAACUGGCAGUUGUUUCUCGUAAACUUGAGGCAAGUGGAUCAAAUUAGAAACUAUCUUCCUGAUCCGAAUGCCUUGUUUUCAGCCUGUUAAAUAACCAGCGUUUCACCUUCGAAACAACAAGGAUUUUUCCUCUUCAUCUCUCUCUGUGCCAUGAACUUGGGAUGUUGCCAAAACAAAAAUACCUUCACAGUUUGUCUGUUUAAUAAAAUGAACAGUAAUAGCA